AGCGACCCAAGAUGGACAGGUAUCCAGUAACACCUCCUCCUCGCGAUUAUUCAAAACAACAAAAACCAAUCAAUUCUCGGGACUUCCAACACCCAUGCCGAGUCCAAAUACCGGCAACCAAACCAGACAUCUCUCCAGUAUUCCCAAACGCCAAGAGGAAGUGCGAAGCCAGAUCUUCGUGUGAGCGACCGGAGAAAGCUAGAAAAGGAAACAAUUAUUCGCCCAUCUUCUUGGCCGGGAUCUUUGACAACGUAGAUGUCGAAGCUUCGAAUGCGACUUGUGGGGGCCGGUACGAACGGCAGGUCGACAGAAAUCUGAGGCAAUGGGCACAAAAAGCUGCGGCACUGAAUUCGUUUGACGAUCCCUUUGUUGACACUCCUCCGAGUCUUUGCAACGAAGCUCGUGAGAGUGUUACCGAGUCAGACAGAAAAACAUACCUCCACGCAAGAUUGAAGCAAAUGGAGAAAGAGAUUGAGCGUCUACAGGAUAGCUCAAAGAGGAUGACUCGUGCUCAGUCUCAAGAACUCGCCCGUAUUUCCGACGAGUAUGCCCGGCUUUGUGCAGAGCUCCACCAUAUUCCCCUAGACCGUUCUCCCUCGGCCUUGACCGCACCGCUACCAUCAAGCGACAGAAACGCGGACGUCGACAUGAAUAGACACAUGGCAGCCCAUGAUACUCGAUCCGAAUCUGUUCACUCCUCAAGCCAUUUGGUAGAGGAGGUACCGCACGAUAACCGUACCAGCCCCAACACCAGCUGCAACACCAGCAUCAACAAUAGCUUUCAUACCUAUCACCAUAACAAUACCGACAGCAGCUACGACACCGACAGCAGCAACUCCAGCUCCGACGAUCCUGUCAUACCCCCUGCCAUACGCCUCCGCACCCUGCAGGACUUUGACCACUACCACCAUUACGAGAAAAUCGAAUUCGAACGCACAAAAUUUGGGUUGUACCAAGAUGCGCCCAAAGUGCACAGACAAGUAAAGGAAGAAAAGCUGUUCCUUUUGCUCGUCAACAAGAAGAGACGGUUGAAGAAGUACUGGGAUCCGCUGUCGCAGCGGUUGGGGGAGAUGUGCUCCAAGAGGUACAUUAGGCUGGCGUCGAGAAGUCCGAGUGAUAGUGCCCCGGGGUUUUAUGAGAAUCGAUGGAAGUAGCUCGUGGGAUUAAAUGGAAUGGAAGGGUGUAAGACAUGGG